UCCUCCACUCCCAUGCUGCUGCUCUAGCGAGCGACACAGCGCUCUCAUCUCGCUCGUCUGGAUGGAGGCACAGGGAGGGGCAGGCAGCCCAGAGCCAAACAAAGACAUCCAAAAACUGCUGAAGCCCUCCUGCUCAGGGGAGCUGUCCAAAGAGCCUCCCCAGCACCCGCACCACCACGCUGGGGGAGAGGAGGGGAGCCUGCUCCUGGGGCACAACUCCAGCUUUCUGCACGUCACCGAGCGAAGACAGCCCCUCAGUAGCGUGUCCUCUCUGGAGGUGCACUUUGACCUCCUGGACCUGACCGAGCUCACAGACAUGUCCGACCAGGAGCUGGCCGAGGUCUUUGCCGACUCUGAUGAGGAGAACCACAACGAGUCACCAGGAAGUCACCACCACCACCCGCACCACCUCCACCGCAGCGGCUACAUGCGCUCCCCCUCGUGGACCCGCUGCAGCAAGGGGGAGCCAGCGGCGCGUGACAAGAAGCACCACAGUGACUCAGACAGCACCUCCUCCUCCUCCACAGAGCCCUACCUGAAGAUGGAGCGACCCAAACAGCCCUGAGAGAGGGCCCACAGGGGGAUGGAGACGGACACAGACUUGGGGGACUGAACAAGUUCGUACAACCAGAGCCUCCAACCAGAGCCCCCAAAGCUGACUCCAAAAUACUGACCGGAUAAAAAAGAAAGACAUCAAACUAUAAUGGUGCUACAAACAAAAGACUGCUUAUCUUGCUGUGCACUUACAAUGUAGAAAAGAAUGGAGAAAACAUUAACUGAGAUGCGAUUGUGGGUGAAGCAUAACACAUAAACAAAUCCAUAUGCCUACAUCACUGAAACCAUUAUGUUUACAUCUCACAGUCCUGUCCCCGUGCCCAUAUUUACAUACUUACCUUGGAUUCGGAGUGAGGGCUCAGUGGGUGUAAAAUCAAGAUCUAGAGUGGAAGAGAUGAAAUAUUGGAUAUGGAUAUCGGCCAUAGUAUGCACAAGCACACAGGGUGCAACAUGGGUCAGCCCUCAGGCAUCUGGUGAGAGCUGACUUGGGUGAGGUUUGAUCAAUGAGAAAAGAGUAAAACCGGCACCUUUUGUCUUGAGAUACUGUAGUUAUUCAUUUAUAUUUCAGUAAGUCAACAGCCUUUUUGAGAUUUUCUCAAGUCCCAAGGCUUACACACUUGAAAUAUUGUUUUCCCCACACAGCCACAGCAUGUAGACAUAUCUAGAGUGUGUGGAUUUGCCUCCCUUUUUUACUUUGGAUUUUUCUUUUCUCACGACUAGCACCCUGCCGAGAACACUUCAGAGUGUGCAUUUCAUCCUGCCAUGCAAAGCAACUUGAAAUGUGUCAUGACAGGAGAUAUAUUUAUAGCUAUAUGGUUUUCAUGUGAUGCCAUGCAUUUUCAAGGUCCAUCAUUAAAUCAUCCAUACUGACUAAAACACCCAUGCAUUGUGCAUCCUCUCCACCUAUAAGCAUUUUCCAGUUGAAGUCACUGUCUUGGAAUUAGAGUGAGAAAAGUAGUUGGACUUAGUUAUUUCCAGCCAAAUACACAAAAUUACAUGAUGCUGUGCUAAAGGAAAAAAACCUGAAAGUGCAAGACAAGUCAUACACAGCCAUAGUAGGUCAGCACAAGAAAGCCUUUGGUGGUGGUUGUAUACUGUAAUAAAGUGAACAUCAUUGACAUGCUCAUAGUUCAGGUAUUCCAAUACUGCUGCCACAUAUAAACUGAUCCAGCUGAACCCAUUAAGUACAGCCCUUUAAAUGUAUCAUUCCAUCAACAACAUUUAAUGCGGCACCCAUUCCCACUACUUCACGAUGAUCUGUUUUAUUUUUAAUUUUUAAAUAAACUAUUAAAGAUAACCUGUGUAAAGCAAAAUAACGAGGUUGUAUGAGA